AUGGCUUUGAAAUGCCGACAUCAAGAUCAAGUUCUUUGUGGUGAUAUUCCUUGUGGUCCAGAAGCACCGCAAAAAAAAGAAAAGAAAAAGAUUGUACUGGACAUUGUUACUUGUGGGGAUAUUGAUUGUGAUCCAGCACCCAAAUCAAAAACAUGGACAGUUCUUGAUAGUUGUCUGGAUAUUAGUUUCCCGGCGUUUGGUUCCGAUGGGCUGUUCUGCAGCACACUUGACACCACCCAUGUUGCUCUUAUGGAGUGUCCCCUUAUUCCAGCCACAGGACCACUGCCAGCACCACAGCCCACCCUCUCUCCAUUCACUGCACCACUGCCAGCACCAGAGCUGGCAGUGCUCUGUGGCUGGACUCGCUCCAGUCACAGCACCACUGCCAGCACCAGAGCCCACACUCGCUCCAGUCACACUCGCUCCAGUCACAGCACCACUGCCAGCACCAGAGCCCACACUCGCUCCAGUCACAGCACCAGAGCCACCCCUCACUCCAGCCACAGCUCUACUACCAGCACCAGAGCCCACCUUCGCUCCAGCCACAGCUCUACUACCAGCACCAGAGCCCACCUCGUCUCCAGCCACAGCUCUACUACCAGCACCAGAGCCCACCUUCGCUCCAUCCACAGCUCUACUACCAGCACCAGAGCCCACCUUCGCUCCAGCCACAGCUCUACUACCAGCACCAGAGCCCAGCUUCACUCCAGCCACAGCUCUACUACCAGCACCAGAGCUCAUGCAGUUUUUAUACAGGACUCCUCACUGUGGACCUUUCUCAAGAAAAACCAAACUAACCCCACAGGUUCACGUAAUUGUUUCCGGAAGUAAGAGCAGUAUGGUUCAAGAGCUCCCUAAUUCUAUCAGCAGCCCAGGAGCUGGAGAGCAG